AUGGAGGAGAAACCCCCUCAAACCAGAUUGCCCAACAAGGCUGUCGUCGCCUUCGGGAGCAACAUGACAUUCACCAGACGUGUGGAAAAUAUUGAAGCCGCGUUGAAGCUUAUGAAAGAAUCGAAUCUCCGAGUUACCAAGCUUAGUCAUCUCUACGAGACCAAGCCUAUGUAUCACCACGCCCAAGAUCCCUUCCUAAAUGGUGUCUGUGAAAUAGAAACAGAGCUCAACCCGGUACCUCUUUUGCAUGCUUUGCAACAUAUCGAGAAUGAGCUCGGUAGGAAACGCACCAUAGCGAAUGGCCCAAGGACCAUCGACCUUGAUAUACUGCUUUACAAUGACGAGCAAAUCAGCCAUCCACGACUUGAUGUACCCCACAAGCUUAUGCUGGAACGAGAGUUCGUUCUCCGUCCUCUCAACGACAUCCUACCCGAUCAUGUUUUGCCACGAGGAUUCGCUCCAGAAAUACCAGGGCGGACUAUCCGUGAACAUCUCAAUGCCCUGACCCACGAUCCAUCUAUGUCAUCCAUCGUGAUGAUCCGGCCCCUACGCCAUAUACCGCUCCUACGAAGCCAGGAUCCAACACGUCGGACCUUGAUCAUGGCUAUAUUUAACGCCACACCAGAUUCAUUCUCUGGAGAAAAAGCUCCAAAAGAGACCGAUGCACGGAUGAUAUUUGGAAAAUGGUUCGGGGAGGGUGCCGACAUCAUCGACUUUGGCGGUCAGAGCACGCGCCCUGGCGCCGAGCUUCUGAGCGCAGAGGAGGAGCUCGCCAGGGUACUUCCCUACAUCACGCAGUGCAGAGGCAUGAACCGACAAGACACCGUCGUCAGUGUCGACACCUUCUAUGCCAGGGUUGCGCGCGAAUGUAUCGAAGCAGGCGCGGACAUCAUCAACGAUGUUUCUGGUGGCCUGCUGGACGAUGAGAUGUUGCCCACCGUCGCGGAGCUGAACAAGACAAUUGUACUCAUGCACAUGCGCGGUAAUCCCAAGACGAUGACUUCCCUCACCGAGUACCCGGAUGGCGUCGUGAACGGCGUGCGCAGGGAACUUGGGGAGCGCGUCAAGGCCGCACACAAGGCUGGGAUUCCGCCGUGGCGCAUCAUUCUCGAUCCAGGAAUCGGCUUCGCCAAGACCGAAGCACAGAACCUCGAAUUACUGCGCAGCCUUGCAGAGCUGCGGAAACCACCCAGCGACCCCGACGAAGUGGAUCUCUCGAAAUACCCGUGGCUCAUCGGCCCUAGUCGAAAAGGGUUCAUCGGCAAGAUCACUGGUGUCGAGGAGGCGAAAUGGCGCCAGUUCGGCACGGCUGCAGCGGUGACGGCGUGCGUGGCUGGUGGUGCUGAGAUCGUCCGAGUACACGAUGUCACACAAAUGGUUGAGGCUGUCAGACUGGCUGAUGGCAUUUACCGGAGUCGGGAUUCCAGUUUCAACAAGCCAGCCCGUUCGAAGUCUGCAAGCCCAUCCAGAGCCUGA